CGUUGUAGAGACUCUCACGUUCAUUCGUGGAUAAACUAUUUUUAACGACGUAGGCUACCGUAAUGUUAGCAAAAGAAGACCUUGAAGAAAAGGAGGAGACAGUUUGUUAGUCGCAGAUUUCAAUGGGCAAAGAAAGAAGGCUGCGCGUAAAGAUUCGAGCACUUCCGAGAUAUACAGGAAUUUCUUUUGCCAUCUAAACAUUUGAGCGAGGGUUUGUUGCUCAUGCAUGGAACUUGUUGGGAGUUUCCUUAUUUAACGAAGUCAUUUUGUUGCUUCUCCUGCAAAAGGCAAGCGGGAUAAGUUACGUGACUCCGUCCUAGCGGGAGCAAACUUUUCUUUGCUUGCUUUCUGAAGGAACAGCGAAGGACAUGGCCAAAUUGUUCCGCGCUGCUAUAAUGGGUCCUCCGGGAUCAGGUAAAGGAACCAUAUCAGAGAGAAUUGCGCAAAGCUUCGGCCUGCAGUAUUUAUCCAGUGGUCACUUCUUACGUGAGAGCAUAGCAGCCAAUACAGAGGCAGGAGUAGAAGUAAAGACAUAUGUGGAAAAAGGCAUGCUGGUUCCUGACCAUGUGAUGACCAGGCUGAUGAUGCCCAGACUCGAACGCCUAAGUGGCCAAAGUUGGCUUUUAGAUGGUUUUCCACGGACACUUGCACAGGCCCAGUCCUUAAACAAUUUGUACCAGCUUGACUUGGUGAUCAGUCUCAACAUCCCUUUUGAGACGCUUAAGGACAGACUGAGUGACCGCUGGAUCCACCCAAGCAGCGGUCGAGUUUACAACAUGGGUUUCAACCCACCACGAGUUCAGGGAGAAGAUGACAUUACUGGUGAGCCGCUGAUUCAGCAUGAUGAUGACAGACCAGAAGCUUUGAUGGCCAGACUGAGACAUUACAAAGAUGUGGCUAAGCCCGUCAUUGACUUAUACAAGUCACAAGGAAUCCUUCACUCAUUCUCUGGUACAGAAACAGAUCGAAUUUGGCCUUACAUCAACUCCCUCCUCAGCACUAAGAUGCAAUCACAGCCAUUUGAUGCCCAUCAAAGCCAGGCACCCUGACUCUUUUCACAGAGACGACUACAAAAUCAUCAAGAAAAGGGUAGAAUGUGGAUUAACCCUCUUCAAUGCUGGAUUGUUUGUCUUCCUGGUUCAUCAUAAACAGCAGGGUUAAGGAGUGUAAGGAUCUAUUCUGUUUUUAUGCAAUUGUCUUUUUGAGUUUAGCUAUUUUUAUUGUUUCUUUUGAAUUCUAAAUUGGAGGUGUGGGUUUGUAUAUUUUUUUCUCAACUAUGUAGAAGAAUACUUUUUAGUGAAUAGUGAAUAAUAUUAUUAAAACAAGCUAUUCUUCACAAGCUUGAUAUUUUCUUGCGACCGAGACAAUCUUAUUUGACAGUCUAAAUUGGAGCUGUUUAAAAAAACAAAAGCUAAUGACAUAACAGGAGAUUAGAGGAAGGAAGUAUGAGAUGAAAGAAAAAGAGAAAUUAAGAAACAUGACAACUGUAAAGGAAGGAUUUCCUUUAAAAUGUAUCACCGCCCAAAGUUCACUAUAUUCUUUAGGUCAGAUUGCUAAUAAAGUUUUCCGACCUGUUGGCGUAAUUCAGAGUGGAAUCGUUCGAAUGUUGAAUUUCAAAUUGAACUACAGUGGUACCUCGACACUAGAUCACUUCAACACACGAUCUUUUCGACAUCUGAUGUAAAAUUUGAAUCGCCAUUUGUUUCUACAUCUGACGACAUGCUCGAAAUACGACGAUCUAUGACAGCGGCGCAGUUUCUUUUUUUUCCCACAAGACUGCUGCAUGGCAGAUUUUCUUGUGAAGUCAAUCAACAUGGAUUCCAAUAAUGUUAGUGCAGGUGGUGAAAAAAAGAAAAAGGUGAUGCUUACAUUGAAAUAAAGUUGGAAAUAAUAGAAAAGUAUGAGUGUCGUGUGCACGUCCAUGUACUGGCUCGACAAUAUGGCCAUAGAAUGUCUACUCUUGACGGUCCUCCUCCAACCUCCGUUCGCAAGUCUUUAUAAGUUAAGGUGACAAUUAUUAUUGUGGUAACUUCGCCAAAGAGAUCGCCUGCUUCAUCAGGUUUCUAGUCAUUUAUUCCAUCAACUUGUGCAACACAACGCGCCUACAGUCCCCGGCAGCUGACCAUGUAAAAUGAAAGUGAAAAGUCCUCCCUCACUCUGGCACGUCAACCAAGCAGUGCGUUCAGGUACACCACGCAAAAAUACAUCUGGCACAUUAAAACCUGAUCCGUCACAUUAUUACAGGUGUUAUUAUUAUCGUUAUUAUUAAUAUAUUAUUAUUAUUCCAAUUUUUAUCCACAAUUUACUUGUUUUGCUCUGUGCAAUAGCUGUUUGGAAUAGUACCAGCAGUAUUUGUUAAGGAUUUAGUGUAGGUUUUCGGGCAGUGGAACAAAUAAAUGGAAUUAUAAUGUAUUCUUAUGGGAAAAUCCUGCUCGCCAUACGACCAUUUCGACUUACAAACUAGGUUCUGGAACAAAUUAACUUUGUAUGUAGAGGUACCAGUGCAUUUUAAUUUAAUUCAGUAUAUACGAACAUGAUAUUGUAGUACCCCACGAAUCAGAUGGCAUUUAAAAUUCAUGAAGCACUUUCUCAGACAUACAGUAAUAAUUCAUGAAAGUGGGAAAAAAAAUUCUUAAUUAUAUCUGAUAUAGAUCUGACAAAUAAUAAAAUGACAGGACAAACAAGGAAGGAAGGUUAUUUUACAUUCUCAACAGAUCUGAAAAUUACUUCGUGCUUUUGGAGUAAAUUUAAUGAUUAUGUACUAUGUAUUGAACACGCAAAGGAAUGAUUUCUGUGCGUGACCGGAAGCGAUUCACAUUACUUAACAUGGGUCUCUUAAUGUGGUGUAUUCUUUUAUUAUGUUAAUGAUGUGUCUUUAGCUAAAUUGUACACAGACACUGAGACAAUUAUGCAUCUACAACUUUUGCCACAUUACUGCUUAGUUGCAAUACCGUAAAUUCCCUCUUCUGUCUUACGUUCACCAUUACAGACAGGCACAUUUCCUCUUUGUACCCUUCUGUGGUAGCAACCAAAAAAUAUCAAACAGGCAAAAAACUUUAGAUAAGCCUUAGAGUUUUCGGCACUCGCCAAGAUGAAGACUUGAGUCCUAAUUCAGUUUUUUUGCCACUUUCCUAAUGUGAGUUAAUGAGUUAAAUAUGCUAAUUGAAUGUGUUUUUUCCCCUCUGAACAUGAUGUUUUUUUUCCCAAAUUGUGUGACUUGUGGGCCAUUCAAAUUAGGAGAUUUUAUUAUACAACAAUAGGUGUGUCUGUCCUCUGUAUGUUGAAUGGAAAUUCAUUUACCAAUAUCAUUGAGUGACUUUUAGAUUAGCUGUACAUGUUGUGCAAUGCAAACUAGGCAGCUGCUAUGUAACUGCGCUAGAGAACCAGUUACGGGUACUUGUUACAAUUCUGCUCAAUUAUCAUAGUGUUUAAAGGUGUUUAUCUGUUUAAAUGGAUAACAGGUCAUGUUUGUGCUGAAAAUACAUUCCAAAAAUGUCAUAAGAGUAACUCUGCAGUGCCAGACAGAGUUACAUAGUUGCUGUUUGCAUUGAAUUGUCAUAACCUGAAAUAACCACCACCAGACUGUUAGCAUUCAGACAAUAUUCCAUAACUCAAUGUUCCUAUGACAUGGUGAAGUAUCAUUGUUACGUACCUUUGACAAGUUAAUAAGUCUCCACUGCCCAACAUGGUUAAGUCUGCUUCUCUGCUUGCUGCCUCAUGUAAAGAGAAUGAAUAAUUGAAAUGAAAUUGGGUCUUUCUUGUAAGUUGGGUUCACACAAUGGUGUUCCAACAUCAAAACUGAUUUUAAAAAUGUGAGACUCCUCACACAAGAAAAAGUGUGUAGUGUAAUCCAGAUCACCAAAAGAGUACUUCUAAUGAUAUCAACCAGCAAUUGUAGGUCUUCUUCCCCAAACCAAAUAACGGUUGUCAUACUUUUCCAUCCAAGGCUGACCAGGGACAACAGCAUUUGCUUAAUCAUUUCCUAAAUGGCUUUCUUUCUUUGUCAAAACAUGAUAGCGUUGUCUGGCUCGGCACAAUUUUGUUUAUUAUAAACGUAACGAUUUGUGAUUGAAAAUAUAGAACAGCUUCAACAUUUAAAAUUGUCAGCACUCACUGUUUUACAAUAGAUUGAGGGAAAGUAACACUCAUCAAACAUCACAGUAUCAUUUCUCGAAAUAACCAAUAACCGACAGAUAUCUGAUAAUCAGACCUUUGCUAUCUUUGAUUUGAGGGCAGUAGGGAUAUGUGUCUUAAAUUUCUGUGUGCCACACUUUACGUUCUGACAAUGUAUGUGCUUGUAUUGAAAUUCUGAAUAUAAAUCCUUAUUGUAACUUCCAAUAUGAGACAUACAUUUUUUCUUUUUUACACUGAAUAUACUGUGUAUAUAUAUACUAUAUGUAAUAGCUUUCAAAAUUAAACUUUUUAAGUUCAAUGAGACACGUGAAUGAGAAAAUCCUGUGUCACUCUAAUGGUUCAGCCAGUAAGAAUGCUUUGUUUUUUUGUAUUCUUUUUAAAGAGACUGUUAACAAUGGAUAUGUCAUGUGAAAUGUCAAAAGAUUCGUUGGGAGGUUAAGUUUCAUGUGAACACACCCAUGCUGGAACUACAUAACCAGAAUGUGUUUAACUUUGUUUGGACAGGUACCUGAAUGAUUGUGUUUUAAAAGUAUUCAGGUGAUAAUGAUUAUACCGCACUGCUUUUGUGUAAGACAUUUCUUUUUUUCAAAUCGCUAUUACUCAAACUUGUUACAUUCCAAAUACAAUAAAACACUUUUCAUGUGAA